AUGUCCAACGUCGAUAUCAAGGCCGCUGGGUGGAAACUCGUCGAGGUCGGCCGGAUCGUCACCAUCCGCGCAGGCCCCUACGAUGGCAAGCUGGCCGUUGUGGUGGAGAUAAUAGAUCCGGGCAGAGUCCUGGUUGACGGUCCGUCGAGCAAAGAAGGCGCCGUGGUCCCCCGACAGGCCAUCGCCACCAGCACACUCUCCCUCACACCCUGGGUCAUCCCCAACCUCCCCAAAGCCGCAGGCACCGGUCCCGUGAAGAAGCUGUGGGAAAAGAACGAGAUUGACGCCAAGUGGGCCGAGUCGUCGUGGGCGAAGAAGCGAGAGCAGCAGGAGCGGCGGAGGAAUCUGACCGACUUUGAGCGGUUCAAGGUGAUGAGGUUGAAGAAGCAGGUGAGUGAGACACAGUGA